AUGUCACAAGAUACGCUAAGAGUAGUGGUGUGUGGGGAUGAUUCGGUGGGAAAAUCUUCACUCAUCACUUCCUUAAUUAAGGAAACUAUUAUCGAUUCCCAACCAAGUGUUUUGCCACCAAUUACAAUUUCACAAAAUGACUACAUUGACAGUUUUGAUGAAUACUCACUUGAAAACCUGGCAACACGAACCAAGAAAAACAGAUCACAUCAAUCCAAUGGCGAUUCCGUACUAUCUAGAUUCCAGGAAUCCAGUUCUAAGAUGGUGCUGAAGUACAUCCCCAAUAUCACAACAAUAAUAGAUACAUCGUCUUCAGAUAUGAUCAAUCUACAAAAGGAACUUAAGCUGGCUGAUGUAAUUUGGUUAGUCUAUUCAGACCACUACACAUAUGAAAGAAUAUCUUUACAUUGGAUGCCAAUGUUCAGAUCUAUGGGUGUCAAUAUUCCAAUUAUUCUAUGUGCCAAUAAGUCAGAUACCCAGCAUAAAAACACAUUGAAAACACAAAACCAGGAUGAGUUUGUCCCAUUGAUCAACGAAUUUAAAGAGAUUGAAGCAGGAAUAAGGUGUAGUGCCAAGAACAACUAUAAUGUAGUGGAAGCAUUUUAUUUAUGUCAAAGAGCAGUGACCCAUCCAAUCUCACCUAUAUUUGAUGCCAAAGAAGGUAAUCUUAAACCAUUAGCAAUAGCGGCAUUAAAGAGGAUUUUUUUCCUAUGUGAUACUGACCAAGAUGGAUACUUAAACUUCAAAGAGUUUUCUGAUUUGCAUUUGAAAUGUUUUGAUCACCCCGCUACUGAUUUGGAGUAUGAAGAUAUAAUGACCAAGUUAAGUCAAAAGAUAUAUCCUGAUUUAUCUUCCGGGAGCGAGGGGAUAUCAGAAGAUGGAUUUGUGUUGCUUAAUAGAAUGUAUGCCAUGUCAGGAAGGCAUGAAACUAUUUGGUGUAUUUUACGAGCAUUCCAUUAUACCAAUUCGUUAUCAUUGCAUGAUAAGUUCUUAUUUCCGAACUUGGAAGUUAAUCCUAACUCUAGUGUUGAAUUGAGUCCUUCUGGAUAUCGAUUCUUUGUUGAUUUAUUUAUCAAGUUUGACAAAGAUAAUGAUGGUGGGUUGAAUGAAGAUGAAUUGACUAAUUUGUUUAGACCUACUCCAGGUAUACCCAAGCUUUGGGUUGAAACUCAGUUCCCCGCUUCGAUUGUUUGCAACGAAGAAGGGUAUGUUACAUUGCAAGGAUGGCUAGCUCAAUGGAACUUGACUACUUUUCUAAGCUAUAAAACAACCUUGGAAUAUUUGGCAUAUUUGGGAUUUGAUGAAGGAACUUCGGUGAAGGCAUUGAAAAUAACCAAACCCAGAAAAACAAGAAAUAGAAAGGGUAAAUUCUAUCGUGGUAAUGUAAAUGAUAGAAAUGUAUUCAAUUGUUUCAUACUUGGAGCACCUCAAUCUGGUAAAAGUUCAUUACUUGAACUGUUUUUGCAUGAUUCAUAUAGUGAAAUGUAUUCACCAACUAUUCAACCUAGAUUGGUGGUUAAGGACAUAGAGUUGAGAGGUGGGAAACAAUGUUAUUUGAUUUUAGAAGAGCUUGGAGAGUUGGAAACUGCCAUUUUAGAAAACAAGCAACGGUUAAACCAAUGUGAUGUUAUUUGUUAUACUUAUGAUUCAUCGGACCCCGAUUCAUUCCAAUACAUUGUCGAUAUCCGAAACAAGUAUGCCGAAUCGUUAGAUGAAGUUCCCUCGGUAUUUGCUGCUUUGAAAGCCGACUUGGAUAAACAACAACAACGUUGCGAUGUGCAACCGGAAAAUUAUACCCGACAGUUGAACUUGAGUUCUCCAUUACAUAUCUCAUCUUCUUGGACUUCAUCACUUCAUGAGUUGUUUAUCCAACUAGUUGAUGCUGCCAAGAAUCCAGCUUCGGCAACCCCAGGUUUAGAAAAGGAACAAAAAGUAGACCAAGAACAAAUUAUCCCGAUUGUAAUGGCUGGUGGUGCUGUUGCUGUUAUGGCCAUGGUUUCGAUAUGGAUGUUUAAUAGUAUGCAUAGAAAGUGA